AUGAUGCGUUUAUCGGCACUCUCCCGUGUGGCUUGGCAUCCUACCGGUCUCCAGCUUUCGGCGGCUGUCGGGCGUAAGUCGUCCAUCGCUAAGGCAAGGAGAAAGACGAAGGGGGCAAGGAAGAGGUCUGCGUCAAGUCGCGCCACCUCUCGCCGUCACGGUGCGAGCCCAGCAAGUAGCAGGGAGUCCACAAUGGGGGCUGCCGGACUGCACGUGGCAGCUGCGCCAUCGGGAGCCGCCACCAAGGGCGUGGUCACCGCAGACAUACACGUGGCGGAUCUGCACAAGCUGGGCGACAUAACGGAGCUCGUCUCCUCAGCCGUGUGCCUCACAGGCGGUGGGCACGAGACACGCACCAGCACGUCUGACAGCGACGCCAGCGCGUCCUCGCCGCCACCCCCGCCGCCUCCUGUGCCAAACGUGAAGGGCUGCAGCGUCUCCGUGACAAGGUUGCAGCGCCGCAUCCGCUCUCUUCUCGCCCAACUGGUGCUGCUCUCCCCGGAGCCGCUGCAGCCGAGUGCCCUUUUUACCCGCUACCGCAGCGCGGUCGACGAGGAGACGGCGAGCAUGUGUGCGUGGGCCGCCCGUGCUGUGUAUGAAUACGACCACGGAUUGCUGCGCUGCGGAGGCAGAGUGGCACGUCAUGCGGCGCGCAGGGAGGCGUUCAGCGAGGGAGAGGCAGGAGCACCCGAUGCCGAGCAGCGCACGGCGGGUACAACGGGGGGCAAUGCUAACAGUGAAGGCGGCAGCAACGGCGGUGCGGCGGCGGCGGAGCAGCGUGUCUUGUGGAAGCGAGGGCAGCAGCUGUCCCGAGCCUUCCGUGCGAGUGUCGUGCCACUGGUGGCAACCCUGUGCAGCGGCGGUAGCUGUGGUGGGACUGAGGCUUCUGGGACUCUUCGUCUGCCCGCCAGCCACGAAGUGGAGCAGUGGAUGUUCCUCUCGAUAAUCUUCUCCGACGCCGAGUUCCGCGUCUCGCCGUACUCCGGCGCUGUCUCCUACCCGGCACUGCCGUCCAUGCUGCUGGCGACGGUCGACCCCGUGCGUGAUCGUGCAGUUGCGAAGCUCUGCUACGCCCUGCAGUGGGGUGGGCAGGCGAAGGCUGCCGCCUACGCCGCGUUCUGCGAGACGCACGGCACCGGUGGCGCAAAGUACGUGAGCAGCACCACGAGCCGCAAGCAUGAGCAGCAGCCAUCUGUGCCGCUAGCCACCGCUCGUGAAGAGGCAGUCACCAGCGCUUGCGAGUUCGUGUGGCUGAAUGGGGCGGCGGGGUUCCCGACGUGGACCACCGCCCAUGCACAGUAUCUCCUCCAUAGCGCCUUGACGGGUGCACGCAGGUCACUCGAUGAGUCGCUCACCAGGUCCGCCGCGUCCACGACGGGAUUCUCAGCAGACCAGCAGCUGCGCAAGACCAUCUCGGCAGCAGCAGCGCUGCAACACACAUCCGGCCACCCACUCGUGGAUGUGGUGCUGCAGGCUUCGUCUGUGGUCAGCGUUGCUGCGCGCGGCGGUGGCGGCGGCUCCCCAACGGGCGAAGCGGGUCUACCCGUGAGUGGUGGCGGUGCGAAUGUGGAGGCGACGCGGGGCGCGGCGGCGGCAGCUGGACAGCCCCCAGCCCUUGGAUGGAACGAGGGGGCGAAGGGCACAGAUGUCGCCAAAUCCUUCGCAACGGACGCCAGCGACGAUGGACUGUUCGCCACGAUGAUGGGCGAUCUGCCAACUCGCAGUCUGUCCGCCGGCGCCAUGUACGAGAUAAACCGCCGUCUUAUCGGGCAUCUCUUUCGCCGGCUGACGGCCAUCCCCAUCUCCGUUGCCCGCCUGUCCACAGUGGUGCGGUGGAACUUGUCGGUGACGCAUGCCGCGUACUACCGCUCCUUCUUUCGCUUCUUGCUGCUCACGGCGGCGAACCCGAUGGUGCGCCGCAUGGCCCAUGGUCGACGACAGCGCCGUCAUGCCAACGCCGUGUGCGCCGAUGUCUGGUGUGGAAAAGAGGACGGCAGUGGUGCGGUGCGAGGCGGCGUCGAAGACGAAGUGCGCAACGCACUCGCCCAGUACGACCCACACACCUUCAAAGGUCUCCUCAGCAGCAGCAGCGCCGAGGGGAGUGCCGUGGCAGCGCUUCGUGGGGCGCUUGUCGCCGACGCCGACGUCACCAGGAUGUGUGAUCACGUAACAAAUGAUGUGAUGGAGGUGAUGUGCGUGCGUGUCCUUCCGCACGCGCGACCAGGGCGGAGGUCCGCCGCUACCGCGGCACCUCGCGUCCCGGCCAGUGGCGCAGCCACUGCACCAGUAAAGGGCACAACCUUCUGCGGCUAUCCGCUGCGCUUUGUUGAGGUGCUGCCAACGUGGCGCCAGACACCUGAAGAAGUACUCCAGUACCUGUGGCGCCAGCAAGACCGGGCACAGCUUUUCGGCAAGGACACGAACUGGCUGGAGAGCAACGAGGAACCGUACAUCCUGGUCUUCUCGCUGGAUCGCGGGGUGCUUGACACGCGACUGCGCCUCGUCGUCGACAGGUACUUGGAUCUCACGAGUGGCGGUGCAGCCUUCGCCGUGUCGCCCCAGAACGCCGCUGCGGCACAGGUGACUCUGCAUGAACUUGGACUGAUGACGCUGUGGGCCCACGAGUACGGCGCGGAGAUGGCGGCAGAGCUCUUGUUUGUGCACCUGCUGCCCCGUCACGAGGAGGUGCGGCUGCACCCUCCAAGGGGAAGCAGACACGCGCUUCGGCAUGACGCAGCCCACACGCAGACGGCCGUGGUCAGCGGUGACGACACCAGCAGCAGUGGCGCCGUCGGCUAUGGCGCAUGGACAUUAGAAUUUGUGCCGUCAGUGAGCCUGGAUCCUCGGCGCGGGGCUCUCACGGGGUGA